AGAACUGUAAUAGUAGACCUUUAACCGCAUGAUAACAACAGCGUUGCGCAUUUGUCGAAUGUUUGGGUUGAAAUAGCAGGUGCCAGAUGCUGGCGCCGCGAGUUUCUGGGCAGUUUGAAAUUAUUUACUGGUUGCCUGACAGUUGACACUGUGCUGAAUACGCUAAACAGCUGGUUUAAGGUUCAUUUAUAUUCGUACAAAAUUUGUCUUUCGGGAAAUUUUCUCGAACUAAGUUUUAAAAGAUUUUACAUACGAAAGGCUUUUCCUAAUACGAUGUUGGAUCGUAGAAAGCUGGUAGUGGGCCGUUCAGAAGCUGAAGAAAUUUAAGAUAAUGAUUGGAUCUGUCGCAACAAGAAAAAAGAACUCACCAAAAUUUCAUGCCUACUAUGAAGAUCUAUGUGAACUGCAUAAUGUUAUGCCACUACGAAUGAUCACAUCACAAAAGCAAAAGGAUAUUCUUGAUAUAUGUGCUGAUAGAAUAAAAUUUGAUGAGUUGUUUCCAAUUACAAAAGCUUUAGCUUGUGACCGUUCAUUGUGUUUCAUCGCAGUCAGGAGCAGAUGUCAAGGAAAAUAUGUUCACCAUAAUUUUUAUGGAAAAAGAAGAAGUAAUGUCAGACACAGGCCUCUGAUCCACACUGAUUUUGGUAUGAAUGUUGUCAUCAACGCACUCAAGAAAUGCUUAACGCGGACUACAGUGCUAACGCAUUUGAUCUUGGAAGGACUCUACUUUACAAAAAAUAAUCUGUCUUUAUUGUGUACAGGACUCUCAAACUGCUCAUCCAUCCAGAACAUAUCAUUUCAUCAGAGUAUUAUUGGCGAUGAUGGUUGUCAGUUGAUUUGUGAUGCUGUUAAAAAAUUAAGAAAUGUUCAUUCUUUGAAUAUUUCUGCGUGUGAUAUUGGUCAGAGUGGAGGUUACUGUAUUUCUCAGUUACUAAAGUAUCAACAACUGGAGAGAUAUUCAGAAACAUGGAAAGAAGCUCUACGAUAUCGUAUUGUUGAUGUUGACAGAAUGCCUGGAAUCAGACGUGUCAGUAUCAACAAUAACACACAUUUGGGUGAUGCAGGACUUAUGUAUUUAGUAGAGUGCCUUAAAGAUGAUCUCUGGCUCAAAGCCAUAGAUCUGCAAAACUGUGGAAUAACAAAUCAAGGUGCCCAGGAAAUUCUCAAGUUGCUGAAAGUUAAUACUAUUUUGACUGUUGUUGAUGUACGAAAUAAUCAUGAUGUGAAUGGUGAUUUGCUAAAUGCUAUAAAAAAACAGUUGGCCGAAAACAGUUCAAGAAAUGUAGAAGAUACACAGGAGUAUAAAUGGAUGACUUUAGAUGCAAGCUUGGAGGAACAGUCUCAUUCUGCAGCUUCUAAAACACAUCCUAACUUCAUGUACUCAAAUCAGGAAAGAAGUUUACACCAAAAAGGAGUAGCAAAUGGUCGAGCUGCAGGAUCCACAUCUUUCUGGGCACAGGAAAGCUGUGGAUCAUCUUACUUACCGCACCAGUUGAAUGUAGAACUGAAGCAACAUAUGAACCGUGAGACAAAAAUUCAGGAACUAACUGAAGAGCUUAAUAAGAUGCAUUUGGAAAUAAAAAAAGUUAAAGAGGAAAGAGACAGAUAUAAAAAGGAACUGCAGGAAAUGAAAGCUGACUAUAACAACCAUAUUCUACUGAAUGUUGACACUGUUCAUGCUAUUAAUGAAGCUUUUGACAAGCUCACAACUUAUUUGAAACGUGGGAGAAACGGAGAGAGUGAAAACACAUGAAUAAAACCAGGAGGGGAAUACAGAAAAACAUUAGUGGUGGAAAAUGUUAAGAAGAUAAUAAAGAAGAGGUGUGAAAAAUGAUUUACCUAUGCAUAAAAGUACUAAAUACUAAUUGGUAAGAGAAGAGGCAAAUAAUUGUAGAAAAAGGACAGAACACUAAUUGUGGAAAUUUUGAUACUGUUCUAAUUAGACAUACAUUUAUAUGCAUACUAAUUAAGAAUUGUUUGCUGCACUGGACUCGCAUUCGGGAGGACGACGGUUCAAUCCCACGUCCGGCCAUCCUGAUUUAAGUUUUCCGUGAUUUCCCUAAAUCGCUCCAGGCAAAUGCCAGGAUGGUUCCUUUGAAAGGGCACGGCCGGCUUCCUUCCCCGUCCCUCCCUAAUCCGAUGAGAUCCAUGACCUCGCUGUCUCGUCUCCUCCGCCAAACAAUACAAUCCAAUUGUUUGCUGUAAUAUUGCACCAUUUUUGUUUGUUUCAACUGUUCAGCUUAUGUCUUUCUUGCUUCAUAAGAAAGGUAGUAAUCAAUAAUUGUAAUUUUCUUCAUUUUCACUCACACAGAACAUCCAUACUUUUCAUUUAUCAUUCUUUUUUUGUUGCUGACUAAAACGUACUUUGGUGUCACAUACGUACGAGCUAAAUGCAAGUGUAAUGUAUUCAAUAAUUAGUUCAGCUUACUGCUUUGUAGAGAAUUAAAAAUUAAUCCAGAGGCUGAUACAAAAUUGUUUGUUCAUAAGGUAUAUUCCUUUUCAUGUUUUAUAAUUUUCUAGUAUUUUAUACACGUAAGUCCUCAUGUGUUAACUUCUUAAGCUAGACUUACUUGUAUGAAUACCUGAUACCGUGCUGUCUUACACUGGAAGUGCUGUAUCUGCGGUAGCAGAGAUAAAACAUGAAUGAUAUUCGUCAGUCUGUUUUUAUUGGGAAAAACCAAUAAACAAGAACAUUCUUGAUGUCGACAAAGUAGUUGAAACAAAACACAAUCGAAGCAAAAAACAAAAUAUGGAUCCCACAUCGGAUCUUGUCACAGAAGAAUAACAAAAUAAAACAUUUUCCUCACAUCAGAUGAAUUCACAAUUGCGAAUAAGGACUACCAUCAGCUGUAGAAAGGAAUGACAACAAUGAAAAUCUGUGCUGGACCAGUACUCAAACACAGAUAUCCCUGCUUAUUGCGAGUUAUCACUUUGCUGUUUGGCUAUCCAUGCACGACUCAUGGCCAGACCUAAAAUUCCACAUCCAUCAACCAUGCGUAUCCUUUGGACAUACAUGCAUGUCCAUAGGAACUUUGUAUCAUAAUCAGAAUAACAUAGGCAUUGCAAUAUCGUAUUUAUCUCCCGAUACCAGGUAAGCAACUUUCAAAUACAAAGUCUGACCUGUACAGGAACAUACAUAAUGGACGUAGAAGUACAGGUUGUAGAUGCAUGGUUGAUGACAUGUGGAAGUUUAGGUCUGGCCAUGAGUUGCACACAGAUAGCUAAGUGGUAAGCAGAAAAUCUAGGUUUGACUCCCACCCCGACACAGAUUUUCAUUGUCGUCAUUCCAUUCUACAGCUGAUGGCAGUCCUUAUUCACAAUUGUGAAUUCAUUUGACGUGUUUCGUAAUGGCUGUGGAUGCCACAGUGCAGAACUUAGCAGUGUAAUCCAGAUAACACCGGCGCUGCAAUAUCAUAUUUUCCUCACAAGUCUCUCGCUCAAGUAGGUCCACCUAAGGAAAGAUGGAAACAAAACUACCAGAGAUUGGUUGGCACAGCAUUGUCACAAAGCUGUCCAGGGAGGCCAGACCAUCAUCACAUGACACUCUGGAGUCACAGUCCGAAGCUACCACUCCUGAUGAUCUGGGACUGCCAGCAGAUCAGGUGCAUGAAUGUUGCGACCAGGAUAACGGAUUCCUACAAGUCCAGGUGGCAUAUCAAAUUGCCUUCCGGCCAGCGGUGUACCUGCUUAUAAGGCCGGUUGAUGGAUGGAUCUUCUGGGACUAUUUUUGAUCAUGUGAGUGGCAUAUGAAAAUAGUCCACUUGUUGAUUACGACCUCUGGCGUUGAUGUCGAUCCGUGGUGCUCAGGUCGUGGACCCUGGCGGCCGUUUGCUGAGUCACGAAGCUGUGUUUUCAACUCCAGCAGCAGUCUCGGUCAUAUUGUAAACAUCUGCUUUGGUUUCACUUGCUGUGAUGAAGGCAUCCGCAUCUCUGUUCUGUCAUGCUGGAUGCCAAUGUCAGGGCAGAUGUGAUGGACACUGCAGGAAGAUCUAGCAGAUUAUCUAAUUCUCCCUUUACCUGAAGUCAAAAUUGUGUGGAGACUUCCACCUUCUCUUUCACACAGUUACCUAUACUGAAAGAGAAAAUUCUUGUCUUCCAUAAUAAGAUUACUGUCAAUUCUUAUGCUACUGAAUUGCACAGAUAGUUAGAGAAUGACAGACUUUGUCGUGCAGCAGAACAUGGUUCCAAAAUGUAACAUCAAUGACAGUUUUAAACUCUGUACAUGUUAUUGCUGUUGUUGUUGUUGUUGUUGUUGUGGUCUUCAGUCCAAAGAUUGGUUUGAUGCGGCUCUCCAUGCUACUCUAUCCUUUGCAAGCCUCCUCAUCUCUGAAU